CAGUGGUCUUCAGACAAAUCAUGAAAUCUUUUCUUGAACCUUUUCUCACACUAACACUUGAUCUAUGCAAUUCCAAUUUCAGCAAAGUAUCCUCCAUUAGCUGUAUCCUGCUUUUUCAAUGUAAGUCCGCCAAUUCCAAGUAGAUGCAUACUCGACCUUGGGAUCAGAUACUUGAAUUACAUGUGUGAUGCUGAUGAUAAAGUACUUUCUGAUGUAAUCAUGAGAGAUAACAAUAUUGAGACCAUACUACAUCUUCUAGACUUCAAAUUUAGAAACUCAUAUCAAGUAUUGCAAAUUGUGUUGAAAUUGUGCUAUGCCAAUUAUAAGGACGACAAAGGGAAGUUGAACAGUUACGAACCAUUUCCAAUUUUUUUUAAAGUUUUCAGGGAUACAUCUGACAAAUGGUUUAAAUUGAUGUCAAAAGAGCAUGAAACUGCUCUAGUAUCAUGCUGCCAAAUCUUGGAAUUACUGGCCACAGGAAACCAAGAAACAAAAAUCAAAUUUAUCGAGCAGAAUGGUAUAGAGAACAUUGCAUCAACACUUGAAAGGGACAAAAUCCCAAAUGAAUGUAAAAUGAUUUUCAUUCAUAUUUUAUCAAAGAUAAUAGGAUCAUCAAAACAAGUACAUGAUGAGAUUGCAGACUAUUGCCAAGGUCAACUUAUUAACCGGAUUGAAAAAGGGAUUCACAUUCUGGAUGACAGCAGAAGUAUUAAUAGCAUUGACAUCAACGAGCUGGAAGAGAGAAUAUGUGCUUUGGCUAAUCACCAAGUUGGUGGAAGAAUUACAUUUGGAGUGGCAAAGUCUGGAAAUAUUGUGGGGAUGCGUCUCACUCAAAAGGAUAGAGAUGAAUUCAGGCUGGGAUUCGACAAACUAAUCACUCAAAAUAUCAAGCCAAUGAUACUUCUUGACAGGACAAAAUUCACCUUUGCAUCAACAAGUGGAAUGCAUGAAGAUUUGUUUGUUGUCAACAUUGAUAUAAUUGGAAUGGAUUUAGGAAUUCACAGCACUCUUGAUGGCAGGUACAUGACGAUACAUAAUCAACUUGGGUACAUCACUGAGAUGUCGAUGAAUGAACUCAAAGACAUGGCAGCCUAUCGAGAGGAGAACAGAUAUCUAGAUGAGAUAGCGAUGCUAAAAUCUACUAUACAACGACUGAAAACUAACUGAUUAUUGGGGACUUGAACGAGUGUGUUCACCAACCAUUUAUUGUCUUGUUGUAACAUAUUCUUUCUUUUUCUGUAGUUCAGCUACAAAUAUAAAUUCGCAAAAAUAUUCUGUUUUGUAUUAAAUUUUGUAAGGCAGUCACCGACUAACAACUGAUAAUAAUAUCAUAUAAAUU